AUGGCUUCUCUACACACAACUAUCAUGCUGUUCCUAGCACAUGUGCUCCUACUUCUGGGGUUGCCCGCAGGCCUCGUCGAUGCCAUACCCUUGGGCCAAGAGAUGGACAUCACGACGAAUUUGGCUGUCAGGGCGGCGUCAGACUACUGGGUUGGGACUAUAAAACGACAGGGUGCUGUUCCCUUUGGAAAUGGCACUGACUAUCAGGUAUAUCGUAACGUGAAGGACUUUGGUGCUAAGGGUGAUGGGUCCACGGAUGAUACCGCUGCUAUAAACCAGGCUAUCUCCUCUGGGAACCGAUGCGGUAAGGGUUGUGAUUCCUCAACCGUCACUCCUGCCCUCGUAUACUUUCCUCCCGGUACUUAUGUCGUCUCCAAGCCAAUCGUUCAGUAUUACUACACUCAAAUCGUUGGCGACGCCAUCAACCUACCUGUGAUCAAGGCCGCUGCGGGCUUUGCCGGUAUGGCUGUGAUUGAUGCCGACCCUUAUAACGAUGACGGCAGCAACUGGUACACCAACCAGAACAACUUCUUCCGUGCCGUUCGUAACCUUGUCAUCGAUUUGACUGCCAUGCCCCAGGGGUCUGGUGCUGGUAUUCACUGGCAGGUGGGCCAGGCGACCAGUUUGCAGAAUAUCAGGUUUGAGAUGGUGAAGGGUGGCGGCGAUGCAAACAAGCAACAGGGCAUCUUCAUGGACAACGGAUCUGGUGGUUUCAUGUCAGACUUGACUUUCAACGGUGGUAACUAUGGCAUGUUCGUAGGAAACCAGCAAUUCACUACCCGCAACCUGACCUUCAACGACUGCAACACAGCCAUCUUCAUGAACUGGAACUGGGCUUGGACCUUCAAGUCACUUGCCAUCAACAAUUGCCAAGUCGGUCUGAACAUGUCCAACUCUCCGCAGAACCAGACUGUAGGCUCUGUCUUGAUUCUUGAUAGUCAACUUACCAACACACCCACCGGUGUCGUUACUGCUUUUACCGAGAACAGCAUUCCCAUUGGUGGAGGUGCCUUGAUUCUUGACAAUGUUGACUUCAGCGGUUCCAAGGUUGCAGUGGCGGGUAUUGCCGGUAACACUAUUUUGGCAGGCGGCUCAGUCGUCUCAAACUGGGUCCAGGGCAAUGGUUACAUCCCUGGCAGCACGAGGCAGAAGCGAGAGGCUUCAGUGACAGUCAUUACUGAAACUGUGACGGAGACAGUAGAGGUCUGCACUGCUGAUUACACAGACUCUUCCCCUUCACUGACAGCCCUUCCUUCGGCAUCGGGAGAUAGUCGUACUGCUGGCAUUGUGCCAGGUAUUCCAAUUGUGAGCAGUUUGUUGUCCGGCUCUGAGUCGUCUGCCACUCAGCCCGCUGAAGCACCCACUACCAGGGCCCCCGAGCCCACUGUUGCUCCCUCAACCCCAGCAGAGGCUGAGCCAUCUACUGCAGUUCAGCAGACUCCCCACCCGUCUGCCCCUGCACAGUCACAGCCAGAGGCCUCAGUUAAGUCUACGGUGACCGGGUCCGUCAUUCCUCCCAAGCCAUCUCCGCCUGUCCAGGGAUCUUCCUCGAGAGUCACCGGUGCAGUUUCAUCUUCGGCCGCCCAUGGAACAAACAUCUGCUCCGUCAAAACGGUCACAAAGACUCGUCUCCAAACUGCUCUCCCAACUCACGCCAAACCCGGCUCCCUGCUCGCUGAUGGAAAGGUUUACGAGCGCUCCAAGCCCCUGUACACCAGCUACGAUGCCUCUUCGUUCAUCAGCGUCAAAUCUGCUGGCGCCAAGGGAGACGGUUCGACCGAUGACACCGCUGCCAUCCAGAACAUACUGAACAGCGCCAAGGAGGACCAGAUAGUUUAUUUCGACCACGGAGCCUACAUCAUCACCGACACCAUCAAGGUGCCCAAGAACAUCAAGAUCACCGGUGAAGUAUGGCCCGUUCUGAUGGCCCACGGCCAGAAGUUCGCCGACGAAACGAACCCUAUCCCUAUGCUCCAGGUCGGAGAAGUAGGCGAGGCCGGCUCCGUCGAAAUCACCGACAUCGCCCUGCAGACCAAGGGCUCCGCCGGCAUGUGGGACACACAUUUCCGUAUCGGCGGAUCAGCAGGCACCGAGCUGCAAAGCGACAAGUGCGCCAAGACGCCGAAGGAGACCACCACACCCAACAAAGAAUGCAUCGCCGCAUUCAUGCUCAUGCACAUCACCGAGAAGGCCAGCGCUUACAUCGAAAACUCCUGGUUCUGGGUCGCCGACCAUGAGCUCGAUCUGCCCGACCACAACCAGAUCAACGUUUACAACGGCCGUGGUGUCUACAUCGAAUCCCAAGGCCCCGUCUGGCUCUACGGUACUGCCUCCGAGCAUAACCAGCUGUACAAUUACCAGGUCACCAACGCCAAGAAUGUCUUCAUGGGCCUCAUCCAGAGCGAAACCCCCUACUACCAGGCAAACCCCAACGCCCUGACCCCCUUCACCCCGCAGACCAAGUGGAACGAUCCCGACUUCUCCUACUGCAAGACCGACGGCUGCCGCAAGGCAUGGGGUCUGCGCGUCCAGAACACCUCCGACAUGUACGUGUACGGUGCCGGCCUGUACAGCUUCUUCGAGAACUACGCUCAGACCUGUCUGGCCACGGAGUCCUGCCAGGAGAACAUGGUCGAGGUCGACUGCUCUGACGUCCAUAUCUAUGGAUUGAGCACCAAGGCUAGCACGAACAUGAUCACGUCGAACAGCGGCGCCGGUCUGGUUCCCCAGGAUGAGAAUGAGAGCAACUUCUGCUCGACUAUUGCGUUGUUCGAACAAUCAUAA